AUGGGUUUUAAUAUGUUAUCAGAAUGUCUUAAAAAUGUUUUUUCUUGGCUAGAAGAUGAUAAAGUCACCUUAUAUUCUUCGAUUCUUGUGAAUCGUACUUGGUGCAGAACAGCUACUCCAUACCUGUGGAAGAAUCCUUUUAAAUUAGUUUCUCAUGAAAAUGUAUAUAAGCUUAUUUGUAUCUAUUUUAAAAGUAUGUCAAGUGAAAUUUUUAUAGAUGAUAGGUGUACAAUUGUUAUCAAGUCAAUAAUCUUAUUAACUUGUGGUGCUCAUAUUUUAUCACUGAUGAGAAAAUCAAUUGGGCAGGCCAAAGAAAAUUUUGCUCAAGAUGGAUAUCAAAUAGCCUUUUUAGAAUCAUUAUGGAUCAUAGUUCAAGACUUGACUCCUUAA